AUGGACGUGUGGAACAAUAUUGACUUCUCUGCGGAGGAGAGUGAAACAAUUUUCCUCGGCAGCGGCUCUGAGGAUAAUCCUUCCUUAGAGACCACGGUUGUUGGGAAGGUUUGGACGACAGAAAACUACAACGUGAAGGCCUUCAAGAAUACUAUUUUGGGAAUCUGGAAAACUCGACAUGCGGUGGAAGUGGUAGACCUAGGGAAGAACCUAUAUUCCUUUAGGUUUUCAUCCACCAGGGAUCGCGACUUGAUUCUGAAAGGUCAACCAUGGACCUUUGACGGUUUGGUAAUAGCCCUACAGAAGGUAAGUGGGGAUGAGCAGCCCUCUGAAAUCAGGCCACACACCUCUCCGUUCUGGGUUCGCAUUUAUGAUCUGCCCUUGAAGUACAGAACAGAAGAGGCAGUGACACAAAUUGGUAAGAGCUUGGGUGAGGUCAUGGAGUUUGAUAAAUCUGCAGAAUGUGUGGCUGGGAAGUAUAUGCGAGUGAGGGUAAUCCUGGAUCUCACAAAGCCUCUCAGACGUGGAACUCAGAUAGGGAAGGCAAUGAACAGAACAGGCAAAGUUUUCUUCAAGUAUGAGAGGCUUCCAGACAUCUGCUUUGCAUGUGGGAGGUUGGGGCACUCCAUCAAAACAUGCCCAGAUAAGGAUGACGAUGAGGAGGAGGAGAAUGGCAUUCAAAACCUACCUUAUGGAGCUUGGCUACGUGCAUCACCUCGAAAGAAUACGACAGUGAGAAAAGAGGGAGCACUAGAAGAGCGAAAACGACUGUUCACCACUGAAACCACUAAACCAGAUGCUGAGAUUACAUCCACUGCAGAGGGCUCCGCGAAAGGAUUAGCAGAAAAUACCACAGUGGUGCAUGAAGAGGAAGAGGCUUCGAUACAAAUUCAAGGUACAGAUGUCCACGUUGAGGCUGGCCUGGCAGCGGUGGCAGAAGUGCUCCAGCAAUUCUCUCUGGACAAAGAUGCACAAAAGACAAGUGUCGAGGCGCAUGGAGAAAGCGUAGAAACCUCACCUGAAGCCAACACAAAUACGCUACAGGAGACCAAUACUACAGCUGCUGAGGAGAAUAAUGGGGGCCCAACUCGAGCUGAGAAUCACCCAAACGCCAAAGGAACGGUCUCCAAAUGGAAACGCAUGGCAAGGGAACCUUCAAACAAGGGGACCAUGAUCACCUCACAUGCUGGUUCCAAGCGGACAGAUAUGGAGAUUGAUGGAGAGGAUUGUUCUGAGGAGGUUUUGGGGAAGAAGUCUAAGAAUGACAUGAUCAUUGAUGAUACAUCGGCCGUGCUGGAUGACCAGCACCGCCGGGCACAAUGA